ACGCGCUGUCGAAUAUUCGCACAUAAUCUCUACCCAGCUCUACUCCCUGAACUGGAGCGCAUCAUUUUCUCCCCUCAGUCCCAACAGUUAUCCAAGGAUACCUAGCCACGAUCACUUUUGACCUUCAAACUAGUCCACUAAACAGCAGCCUAUUGCCUCAUUCAGUAACCGCAUUCAUCCGAAUACCCUACUGCUCUCCUGACCGCCUGUGCACAGUUCUGAAGGAGCGCACAUAUUGCAGGCAGUGGGAAACAGAUACAUCCCCCGAUAGCGCAGCAUAUGGUCUCCUGCGCCUGAAAGUAGAAGCUGGCGAUGCGGUUUCCCUCGGCUUGAUUUGGAGCCUUUUGCUGCGGGGUGUUUGUGACAUUGCACCCAUACGUUUGGGGGUGAUCCGCCGGUGACUACGACGAUGGCGGAGAAGGCAGUCAAUACAGCGUCCAGUGCCUUGACAGCCGAAGGAUUGUCUCCACCAUCAGUUGCGGAGAAGAGAUCCCAAAACAACAGCCAUGGCUCCCCAGCCCAUGUUGUUCUUCCUCCAGGGAGCCCAGCUGUGAAAAACAAUGAGGUGCUGAGCCCAGCCUUGGUCACAGAGAAGAGGCCCCAGCUCAAUGGGCUCCCCUCCCCUUUACGUCUGCCAGGCAACAACACUAACAAUCAUGCAGGUAAACAGUAUGUGGAAGGGUAUCUGAGGACAGAUGACAGGAUGCGUUUAGCCAAAGAGAGACGUGAGGAAAGAGAUAAAGGUUUAGCGGUGCGAGAGCAGGUGAUCAUGGAGAAGGAGCGGCGGGCUCAGCUGCAGUAUGAGCGUACCGUGGAGGAGCGCUGGAGGAGGCUGGAGGAACAGAGACAGAAAGAGGAGCUCCGCAGAGCUGCUGUGGAGGAGAAGAGGAGACAGAGGCUGGAGGAAGAAAAGGAGCGACUGGAGGCUCUGAUGAAACGUUCCCUGGAACGCAGCCUGCAGCUGGAGCAGAGGCCCAAACGCUGGACAUGGGGUGGAGCUGGAGGAGCACAGGGUGACUGUGAGAAUGCCCCUCUCCCCGCCUCCACCUUUCCCCAUGAACUCGCCGCCCCCUUUCCUGCUGCCAGCGAAUCCGCCCAGUGCUGUCACCUGAACUCUGUGGAGAGCCUGACGGUCCACCGCCUUCUUACCCACACUCACUCCUCUAUGGCCAGGUGAGCAGACCUCCAUCUGCCCUGCCACCGAUGCACAGCUCCCUGCAGCCCCCACAGGUCACCCUAUCAGGGCUCGCCAAGCCGGGCUAAUCGACGGAGGCUCCAGGGCUCUCCAGAGGAGUCAGCAGGAGGGUAUAUCUCCACCCCUCAAACCCCCAAGAAGGAGAGGUUGCGCAGAGAGAGAAGGACUGGCUCCCCAGCGACAGGCUCCCCUGUGAGAAGAGCAGAAUCCCCAGCCAUGUUCACCAGAGGCUCAGCCUCCCCCACCAACCCCAAGUUGCUGCCUAAGAGCUGUACCCAGUCUCCCUGCACUGUGCGCCAGUACCACUCCUCUCCCAACAGGCACAGACCCACCACCCCGGUUACCGACAGCAACAAGGAGGAGGUCGGACAAGUUGAAGAAGCCAAAGGUCACAACAACAUCAGUGACAGAAAUGUCUCCAAACCAGAGAAAAAUAUGUCUGAAAUCCAGAGCCCUGAGAAGUCUUCUCAAGCCGACACCCCUGAAAAAAAACUGUCCAACAUGGAGACCCCAGAAAAGAGGUUCCCCAAAACUGAGACCCCCAAUAAGAACUUAAAAGGUGAGAUUUCUGAAAGGAAGGACACUCCAGACAAGAAGAGUCCUAUGGCUGAGACUGCUGAUAGGAAAGCCUUCAAAAUAGACACUCCAGACAAGAAGAUGCCAAAGUCCGCCUGCAGCGACCUGAUUGCAGAUAAGAGCACAGAGCCAUCGCCAGUGACACCAACAGGGAAAGGAGUUGCCGGGACGACAAGCGCAGAGGAAGCAUCUAGACUGCUAGCGGAGCGUAGGCGUCUGGCCAGGGUGCAGAAGGAGUUGGAGGAGAAACAACGUCGUGAGCAGGAGGAGGAUGAGCGUCUGAAGGCGGAGCAGCUGAGGAGGAGACAGGCAGAGGAGCGGGCACGGCAGGAGUUGGAGACUCAACGGGCUGAGGAGGAGAGGAGCAGACAGGAGGACCUCCGCAGGACGAGAGAGGAAGAGGAGAAACAGCAGAGGGAGGUCCGGGAGAAGGAGCUACAGGUCCAGAUGGACAGAGAGAAGGAGGAGGCCGAGUUUCAGGCACAGAAGGAUGCAGAGCGUCAGCGUCAGGAGAGAGAGAUACUGAAGCUACAACAAGAAGAGGAGAGACAGCUGCGGAAGAAGAGAAUUGAGGAGAUAAUGAAGAGAACCAGGAAGUGUGAUGAGAACCAGGAAGAGAUGAAGCAGAAUGAGGAAGGGCAUGUGGAUACUCUGCCUCAGCCUGUCUCACCACCAGGGGAAAUGCAAAUGAACUCAAACAUGAAGAUUGAAACUAAUGCUCAGGUGAAUGUGCAAGAAAACCCAAAGGUUGAGUCUCAGGUUAAUGGACAGGUCACUGUCCAUGUCAACAAGCAGGACAGUGCCCUGGUGAAGGGACAAGCCACUGACCAGGUUACCCCACUGAAGAAUGAUCUGCAAAAGGGACAGGAUGCUAAACAACAGACUGCCCAAGUGAAUGGACAGGGUGCAGCCCAGGUUCUCAAGCAAGAGAGUGUCUUUGUGAAGGGACGGGUGAAUGCAAAGACCACUGUCCAAAUGAGUCGUCUGGAUAAUACAAAGAAACACGAUGCUCCCCAAGCGGGCAAACAGGAGAGUGUCCAAGCGAAUGUACAGGUGAAGAAACCGGAGGAAACCCAGGUGAGCAGCCAAGCCACUGCUCAGCUCAAAAUCCAGGAGAGUACCCAAGUAAACGUGAAGUUGACCACACAGAAAAUCGGACAAGGGGUGCAGCCCAAGAAACCGUCCGUGGCGUCCCUACCGGUGGGCCGACCCCCACCUCCACUCAUCAACCUGGAGCCUCUGGUUGUGAAGAGCAGCGGGGCGUAUGACGAAGUGCAGUACAUGGAGGUCAGCCCAAUUUCCAAGGAGGAGCUAGUCUCCAUCCCAGAGUACUCCCCAGUCAAUGAGGUCCAGCACAACGGCAUGAGUAAUGCCCGAGCCCUGGAGGAUCUGCUGGACCUGACAGGCCAUGUGGCCUACCCCAAACUGUCCCCCAUGGGAAACCUAGGAGACUGCAACAAGAACCUGAUCGGGGGGCUCUGCAGCCCCGGUGCCGAUUCCAAGCUCAUCCAAACUCAUCCUCCACCCUCACACAAGCUCAACAUCCAGUAGUCGGUACUAAAACAUGCAUAGCCCUAGACUGGCAAGACAAGAUGGAGAGAGCAGAGGGAAAUCAUCUGUGUUGUCUGAUGUUAUUGAGGAUGGAAGUCUCUGCACCUCUUGAGAUGAGAGAGAAAUCACUCUGAAUGUAGUUUUUGUUCCUCCUUGUUGGUCUCCAACCUUGAAUGUCCAUUAACCUUCAACCUCCUACAUACAUCUGUCUUUAUAGCCUUGUACCACGGAACAUAAGUGACAAUAAUAUUCAUAGAUUUACUGUACUUGUCAGAUAAUACCCUGAUGAUAGUUAUAACUAUCUGUGUCAUGUCAUGUAUUGCAUAGAGCAGUUGUUAGUAUGGUGUCUGAAACGUGUGUGUAGGACUGUCUCAAUGAAACAAAGUGCCCACGAAGCAAUUUACUUUUGACUACCUGUUAUGAUAUGAAGCAGUUAGCUAAGAUAGUUAAAUCUAAUUUUAAAACAAAAGCUCUUAUUCUGUAGUUGGGUAGAAACACAGACUGGUGAUAGCCUCUCCUCUCUUUAAAUAAUUGUUAUGGUGAAAGACCCCACAUACCCAUGUAGAGUAUCAUAUCAGUAAUUUGCCUUUGCUAUUGCAGUAUUGUUCCUCUAAAGACGGAAGUAUUGUUCCUUUAAUGAUUGAAAGAUUAAUAUAGCUCUGUUUCCACCCAAUGUAGUUUAGUAUGCACUGAUCUUUCACUUAGAUUGUUUCAUGGAAAAGUCCACAGUUUUCUGGCUGUGGAUGCCUCAAGCUAGCUUGUAUCUCCCUGGACAUGAUUAACUCCCAAGAGACUCAAGCUUGUUGUCACAAUGUAUGUAUCCAACCUGCUGUGCGAUUGGGAUUGUAGCAUGUGUGCCAUAAUACCUGAACCCAGCCCUACUGCAACUCAAAAGUCAACAUAAAGAACAUGUACAGUAACAUUCCUCAUUAUAAUCCAGAUUGUCACCAACCAAUGCAUUGCUGGUUUUGUUCUCUCUUUCCUCCUGGAUCAACAAUGUACUGAGCUGUUUCUGAUCCCUCAAAAGUCUGAAACCAGUGAGCUGGUAUCAUUUGAAUGUUAGAUGACUUGCAAGAUGGAAUCCAGUUGCUGUGUUUUCAAAAUUAAGUAAUUUUGGUGUGUAUAUGCACAGAUGUGAGCGGUCAGUCACUGGUUACACUUUGACUGUAUUGUGUUUUGAGAAAUAAUGCACCAAAAGAAGGCAAGAUUUUUCCUUGAAGACUAAGCAACAGGGAUGUAGAAAAUCUGUUUUAAAGAGAAAAAAUGUUAUUAACAGUUCAAACCUACUGUGUCUGUCGUAUCUCUAACUAAAGCAGCAUUGCAGUUCAUUUAAAAAUGUGACUAUUGUAGACAUUGUGCAUGGGUCAUUAGCAUGAGCAUAAGAUGAUACAUAUCAGUACUAUUAAUAAACCUUCAAACAAUCA